AUGAAUGUCUCACAAUGGUACAAUAACCUUGCUGGCAACCCUUUGAUAUGGAAGGAGUUAUGUUUCAAACCUAAUGUACAUAGUGGAAUGUCAUUGCCUAGAGAACUUCUUGGUGUUGGAACACAUAGUUUACCAUCUACAAUUGAUUGGAGAUUGAUCUAUAGAGAGUUGUCCACUCUUCAAACAGAGGAUGUAAUAAGAGGUGUUGUUUCCUCAUCAUCAUGUGAUCGUUCCAGCCAAAGAAUAGACAAUACAUUAUUUGAUAAUCCUGACUUCUGGAGUUCGACAGGAUCGUCCACAACUGACGCCAAUGAGUCAUUGGUUUACGUGCUUGGACAACCUUAUGCCAUGUCCUCUACAUUCAAAAUCAAGGUUUACAAGUCAUGGCAUCAGUAUGAACAUCCAUGUUAUCCUCCACAACGAAUCAAGAUAUCCAUUGGACACUUUCCUAGCGUCGACUAUCAUUAUGUAUCCAAAGAGUUUGAUGUUGUCAGCGGCACUGAUGACGAACAAAUCUUUGACCUUGGACAACUUGUGUACGGAAGAUAUCUUAGAGUUGACCUCAUUGGAAAGGUCCAAGCACAACUCUCUGACAACCUGUUAUACACAGCAAUUGAACGUGUCAAGAUGGAUGGUGUUUCAAUUGGCAGAUCACAAUGUCCAAACCUCUUUGAACUACUCUCCAACUUUCAAGUCAAACUAACAAAGUAUGUCAAAUAA